AUGAAAUUACUAAGAUGGAUUACAAUUGUUCUUGCUCUCCUUAUUUUUGAUCAAUCCUUUACAUCGGUGAGUGCUGAUUUGAUAGAGGGCACAUGCAACAAAACCUCUAACUUCAAAUUUUGUGUGUCCUUUUUAAGAUCAAAGCCUGGUAGUGCUACCGCAGAUGUUCAAGGGCUUGCUCAGAUCGUGGCUGAUCAAAUACAAAUCAAUCUGAAGGAUACAUUUUCCGAAGCCAGCAAAUUAUAUAAGGAGGCAACUGAGCGAGUUAUAAAAGAAUGCUUCCAAAUAUGCUCCGAAGAGUACGGUGUAGCUAUUCAUUACAUGGAUGGUGUCCUUGCAAAUCUGAAAUCUAAAAAUUAUAGGAAUGCAAGGGAAGGUCUUACGGGCGUCUAUGUUGACGCAGACACUUGUGAGGAGUCGUUCCAUGAGGAACCAGUUCGACCAUCGCCAUUAACGAAAAAUAACAAUGAUGUAAAGGAUUUAGCUCUAAUUGGUUCGCAAAUUAUCCAUAUUCUAGGUUAA